AAAGACGCUACCCUAGGUAGUUCCAACCUGUACUUGGACUGGUACACCAGGUUUAAGCAAGGAACGCAACACCUGAUACCGCCGGGAGAAACGUUCGAGAAGUUCGUCCCGGCUAUCCACAUCACAGAAUCGAAACGAGCAGUGAUGACUAAGAAUGUCAGCGCGGAGUUUCGCAGGCGCUGGAUG